GAGCGCUGCCCGGAGCUGGACGCCAGAUUCACGGAGCGGGUCGGAACGCCUCGCGAGCUCGGAACAAGUCGCGCACCGUGACGUGGGCUUCGGGUGGCCGCUGCGAAUGGACUUUUAGUCGCGGAAUGCGGUGGGUUUUGUGGCUUUUAUUGACGGCUUCGGUUCUCGCAGAGCCAGUUUGGUCGGCAACAUCUCGCAGCUCGGCUGGACAACAACAAAGAACGGAGGGAGUUAUUCUGAAAACGGCGCGUUUCUCAUCCAAUACUGAACACGUUUCACCUCCAAGAAUCGUUUUAUUCCCUUAAAACGACCCCUGUAGCCGGAUAUUUGUCCAUUUUCCUGAGCAUUAGCCUGCGCCGACUAGCCUACUGUGGCUUUAGAGAACAAUCGCUUUCGCCUCCCUUCUUCUCAAAACAGUGGAUGAAGAUGAUGCGGAUGCCUAAAGGAGUCUCCCCAGCUUCGGCUCGACCCGCAGCGGGGCUGCACUGCUCCCAGCAGAAGCUGAAGAGCUUCAACGGAGCCAUGAAAACGGACUUCUUCAACGCGGGUUUGUCCAGUCCUCCCAUGACCUCGGUGCCAGCCGGAUAUUUCACCCAGAUCUGCAACACCACCGCCGCCGAACAAAGAGCCAACAGCCUGUACUCGACCCCCCAUGGACCCGAAGCCAAACCCAUCCGAUCAUCCUCCGGGCGACUACCGGCCAAAAGGAAACUUGAUCUCGAGGACCCUCUUUACCUGCCGGAGUUUCGCACCCCGAAAGGCAAAGGUGGCAUCACAGCGCGAGCCCCGAGUCCACGAACUCCGAAGUCGCCCGGCGAGCGCACGAGGUACGACACAUCGCUGGGCCUGCUGACCAAGAAGUUCGUCGGUCUGAUCGCCGAGUCUCCUGAUGGAGUUCUGGACUUGAACUGGGCCACUGAGGUUCUGGAAGUCCAAAAGAGGAGGAUCUAUGACAUCACCAACGUGCUGGAGGGAGUCCAGCUCAUACGGAAGAAGUCUAAGAACAACAUCCAGUGGCUGGUGGGGAACGUGUAUGAAGGCGGUGCGAGUGGUGGCGAGCGAGCAUGUGCGCUCAGGAAGGAGCUGGGCGACCUGGAGCGGGCGGAGCGGUCUCUGGACGACCUGAUCCACUCCAGCACCAAACAGCUCAAGCAGCUGACGGAGUUCAAAGAGAGUCAAAGGCUAGGCUACGUGACCUACCAAGACAUCCGCUCCAUCGCCAGCCUCCGAGACCAGACGGUCAUCGCGGUCAAGGCCCCGGCGGAGACCAAGCUGGAAGUGCCUGAAACAGCAGGGAAGGGGUCGCUGCAGAUCUAUCUGAAGAGCAAGAACGGCCCGAUCGAGGUCUACCUGUGUCCAGAGGAGGGUUUGGAGGACGCCAGUCCCGUUAAAAGCUUCGCCACACCAAAGAAAGAGUUCCCUCCGCCCCUCGGACCCCCGGCUGCGGCCCCGCCCAGCUACAGCGUCAAAGAGGAGCCUGUUGAAACGACCCCGGUGACCCCAGCUCCCGCCUCGUCCUCGGCUGCAGCCUCCACCUCAACUCUUCUGGACGUGGAGCGCCUGCUGGGUCUCACUCCCAGCCUCCUCCAGAUCACCGAGGACCAGCUACCCGGCACCUCCUUCACCCCGGACGCCAGCACCCCUUUCGUCAGCUUCUCCCCGAACCUGGAUCACAGCGACUACCUCUGGAGCCUGGACGACGGCGAGGGAGUGUCCGACUUCUUCGACUCCUACGACCUGGGAGACCUGUUGUAGAGGAAGCAGAGUGUUCCACCUGCUAUUUCAAUGACUGGAAAUCUCACACUAUGAAGCCAUCACUGUUUUAAUGUCGGUGAGUUCAAAAUUAUUUUAAUAAGGUGACAAAACGUUUUGUACCGAGGAAAAUAUUGUAAAUAUAUUGUGUGAUCAGCGAGCAGCUUUUUGAAGGUGUGUGAAAUUAAGCCUGAUUUCAAUUCAUACAGGGAUGAUUAUGCAUAUCAUGUGAUCAUAAAAUGCGUUACGGUGCUUGUGUUAAACUCAGGAAUUGUGUUCGCCUCGUCUCCAAAGGUCGUUCCGGUUUUGGUCUGUUAAAAAAAAGCCCAUAGUUGAUUUUUGUAUCCCUCAUCACAUUUCUGGACCAGAAAGAGUUGAGCAGUCGCCUUUAAAUAUAUUUCUGUGGAAAUAUCAAGAGUGAGUCAGUCUGGAAAUGUUCAAAUCCAACGUCUCUGUCGCGGCGAUGUGUUUCUGUUCAGGUGAACAGAGAGAGUCUGAAUUGUUGCGACGUCACGGCCGUGCAUGUCCAUCAUGUUGUAGUGUUUCUGGGGCUUUUCCUCUUAGUUGCAGAGAUAAGCUAAGUGUCCUGUCCUAUUAAAACUUGAAAACGUGUGUCAGGGUGUGACAAUUUGGGGGCGAAAUGGGGGUCUCUUAGUGUGUUUGUGUGCGUGUGCCAUCUAGAGAAAUUUCAGAGUUUUGUAGUUUCAGCAUUAUUUUUCUGGUAUUUGUACAUAAAUUGUUUUGUAUUUAUACCUGCUUCGUUGCUGAAGUCUUUAAAAAAAAAGCGUUCCCGAGAAAGGCCCGACUGGUUUUUUUUGUACGAAAUGCAGCACUUAAUAUUUAGCAAUAUUGU